AUGGAAUCUUUAACAUCUGUACAUGAAGUAAGAUAAGGAGACACUUUAUGGAAAAUUGGAAAAGAUUGUGGACUUAAUUGGAGAUUUUUAGAAGUAAUGAACAAAGAGACAAUAAAAAAUCCAAAACUUAUCAAAGUUGGCUAGAAAAUUAUAGUUCCUAAUAAGCUGUUUGUUAGAGUAAUUGUUGAAAUAUACGACCUGAUAUCUUGCUUUUGUAUCACUAAAUUUUAUUAUGGCCUUAUAUUAGAUGUUCUUCUUUUUUUCGUUAAUGGCGGAUCCAUUACCAAGAAUGAAAUUGGAGUUUUCUGUGCCAGGAAAUGUCUUGAUGCAAAUUUUAGUAUAAAUAUUUGGGGAGUCUACUAGGUUUUAGGAAAAAGCCAUUUAUGGGCAAUAGUUUAUGAUUAUAUCUCAUCAUUUAUUAAUUAUGGUUUUAACAAAUUAAUCGAUUGUUUUCAAAAAUGA